CGACGUCACGGCCAUGUGAUCGUGAUGUCAUGAAGGUCCUGUGUACGAUUCCUGUAUGUGUCAGGAAGGGUGGAGGAUGCUCCCGGGCUUGGUCUUGUGUCUCAUUUUAGGAUAUUAAUCAGACGAGAUGAUGAUUUCCUACGAGGAUGCGUCUUCCAGGAAGAGGGAUAUAGAGGAGAAGCUGAAGCAGGAAGAGGAAAUGUUGACAUUCAUCAAAGAGAGUCUGGACAAGAGUGAUCAGCUGACCAACAACAUGGUGUCCAUUCUUUCUUCUUUCGAGAGUCGACUUAUGAAAUUGGAAAAUUCCAUCAUCCCUGUCUACAAGCAAACAGAAACACUACAGCGGCUGCAGGAAAAUGUGGAUAGUACUCUUUCCUGCCUAGAUCAUGUGAUCAGUUAUUACCAUGUGGCCACGGAGACAGAGAAGGUUAUCAAGGAUGGCCCAUCAGGACGACUGGAGGAAUACUUAAGCUGUAUUGCCAAAAUUCAGAAGGCAGUAGAAUAUUUUCAAGACAACAAUCCAGACAGCCCUGAGUUGAACAGAGUGAAAUCACUAUUUGAAAGAGGUAAAGAGUCCCUAGACGCCGAGUUCCGGAACCUUCUGCAGCGGCACAGUAAGCCUGUUCCUCCUAUUCUUAUCUUGGACCUAAUUGGUACAGAUGAAGAGAUAGAGGGGCAGGAGGAAGGGGUGCUGGAGCAUCUUCCAGAAGGGAUCCUGCAGGACAUUAUACGCAUUUCUCAGUGGCUGGUGGAAUAUGGGAGGAACCAAGACUUUAUGAAUGUAUAUUGUCAGAUUCGCUCUAGCCAACUGGAUCGAUCUAUUAAAGGCCUCAAAGAGCAUUUCCGAAAGAACAGCUCAUCCUCUGGAGUUCCUUAUUCUCCUGCUGUGCAAAACAAGAGGAAGGAUACACCAACCAAGAAGCCCGCCAAGAGACCAGUCUUCAUACCAGGCACUAUCCGAAAGGCUCAGAAUCUGCUCAAACAAUACUCUCAGCACGGGCAUGAUGGGAAAAAGGGAGGGUCCAGCCUUGGCGUCCUUGAAGGUCUUGAGCAAGAUUCACGCAGCAGAUACCACGGAGAUGCUGUGGGGGAGAAACACAGUGCAACUUUAGGGAAGGAAGAUGUGCUGGAUCUGGAGACAGACACAUACAUUUACUGUAUCAGUGCCUUUGUGAGACUGGCCCAGAGCGAGUACCAGCUUCUUGUAGAUAUCAUUCCUGAGCACCACCAGAAGAAGACCUUUGAUUCUCUUAUUCAGGAGACAAUGGAUAAUCUUAUUCUUGAAGGGGAAAAUAUUGUGUUUGCUGCCAAGAAAGCCAAUUCCAGGCACGAUUUCACAUCUGUUUUGAGCAUCUUCCCCAUACUACGGCAUCUCAAACUGACCAAACCUGAGUUUGACAAAGUUCUUCAGGGGACUGCUGCCAGCACCAAGAACAAGCUGCCAAACCUUAUAACUUCUAUAGAAACCACUGGAGCCAAAGCACUAGAGGAUUUUGCAGACAGUAUUAAGAGCGAUCCUGAUAAGGAGAACAGCAUGUCUAAAGAUGGCACUGUGCAUGAACUUACCAGCAAUGCCAUUCUUUUCCUACAACAGCUGCUAGAGUUCCAGGAGACUGCAGGAGCCAUGCUUGCGUCACAAGUUCUUGGGGACACUUACAAUAUUCCUAUCGAUCCUAGAGAGACCAGCUCCACUGCCAGUAGCUACAGUUCUGAAUUCAGCCGACGUCUUCUCAGUACAUAUAUCUGUAAAGUCCUUGGAAACUUACAUCUAAAGCUCCUGUCUAAAUCGAAGAUGUAUGAAGACCUGGCUCUGGGUGCUAUAUUUCUGCACAACAAUUAUAACUAUAUACUCAAGUCACUGGAAAAGUCUGAGCUCAUGCAGUUGGUGUCUGUAACCCAAAAGGAUCCUGACAGUCUGUAUCGUGAUCACAUAGAACAGCAGAUCCUGAGCUACCAACGAAGCUGGCUCAAGGUGAUUGACUACGUCAAUGACAAAAACAUGCCACCGCUCCAGGGAACCAAGUUGAAAGAUAAAGAGCGACAGAUGAUAAAAGAACGCUUUAAGGGCUUUAAUGAAGGCCUGGAAGAGAUCUGUAAGAUCCAGAAGUCAUGGGCUAUUCCAGACAAAAAGCAGCGCGAGCGGAUCCGACAGUCACAAAAGAAAAUAGUGCAGGAAGCGUAUAGAGCGUUCUUACACAAGUAUGGCACUGGUGUCAAUUUCACAAAGAACCCAGAUAAAUAUAUAAAAUACUCAGUGGAACAUGUUGGAGAAAUGAUUGAGAGACUCUUUGACACAUCUGCAUGAAGAACGCCUUUUACUUGUUGCUGUUUUAUUAUAAAAUUAUACAAUAAACUCCCAAGCUGUGGUGGCUGCA